UGUCAAGUCAAGUCAAUAAAGAGCCUCAUCAACCUCUCUCCCCCCAGCCCAGCAGCCGCCCAAUAAAUAUUCCCUACUUUCCAUUUUGAAAAGUAUGCCGAAAAUAAAAAAUAAAGGGUCCAAGUCAGGCAAAGUGGAAGCCUCAGCGCCGCCGCCACCAGUUCCUCCAUCAUGGCCAGCUUUCAAGCCUUCUCUGCCGAUAGUUGACUUGUCUCCUGAACCUCAUCCAUUGACUUCCAAGGUUGUUCUUAUACCUUCAUUUUUCCCGCGAUCGCUCUGCCGCGAUUAUGUGGCCUUUCUAAAAACCCUCCCUCUACAAACAACGCCAGGUCGUCCCAAGCGGGGCGAAGCAGUUCGUGUCAACGACCGGUUUCAGGUUGAUAGCUAUGAUUUUGCAACUCGCUUAUGGGAGCAAACUGGUUUGAAAGAGGUCUUGCUAGACGGCGAUGUUAACGAGAGGUGGGGUGGUGAACCUGUUGGGCUGAAUCCUAAUAUUCGAGUAUAUCGUUACUCGAAGGGCCAGUUUUUUGACUGCCAUUAUGACGACUCGAAUAACCUGACGUUACCUUCGGAUCCUCCACUACCAGUGAGAACCACGUGGACCCUGUUGCUCUAUUUGACAUCCGCUUCUGAGGGCUGUGUUGGGGGCGAGACAGUAUUUUACCCAAGAGAUCGAAGGUCGUCUCGGGAAGAGAUCGUGGUCCCUCUUGAGACUGGGACAUUGCUUCUCCACAAGCAUGGAGACGAUUGUCUACUGCACGAAGGACGAGAGGUUACUGCAGGUGAAAAAUGGGUUUUACGGACGGAUCUUUGCAUCAGACGAUGAAUUUGAUUAUCAGCCUAAGUAACCUGGUAGUCCCAAAACUUUGGUUUGUUGUACUACUGAGUUUACUGUCUACCUUUUCCUUACCAACUGGCUGGCCCCGUUGUCGUCCUUACCGUUACAAUGGUCCAUUCUUGCACGCGACAAUUUCUCCAGCACCAAGAUUUUCAAUCUUAGGCCAAUGCCGUGGUCGUAUCGGCAGCUGAUCCCAAUGCCAAUGGUCACUUGGCAUCCACCUCACCCAUGAGGCUGACCAAGCGAUCAAUAGCUUCUUCGGCGUCUUCCUCCUCCAAUUCAUCGCUGUAGAUCGAGUCUGUCUCGUCUUCGACGAUGUCAUCACUCGGAACUUCAACUUCCAGGCCAUUCUCUGAUGAAAGAUCUGGCUGUUCGUCGCUGACCAUUUCAAAAUCAUCUCCAACAGAAGAUGAUUGCCCUGAACCCGAAAUGUCAUUAGGAAAGUCGUCAUCUCCCUCGGGGACCGCAUCGUCUUCCAGAGGGAAAAUAGCCAAUGGCUGUCCUCGAUGAAGGACUGUGCCGUCCGGAAGGUGAGAAUGGAUCUCAGGCGCCAGCUCAGACACUUCGGGGACCUCUUGUUUUGCAGGCGUGGCAUCAUUCUUCACUGUUGGCUCAAGGUGCUCGCCAAACCCUGGCAUUUCUCCUUGACGAUGUCCCGCGGCAAGUGGAGAUCUCAGUUCAAGGUUACUAGAGUUUGCCAUACGGCACAUCUCCUUAUGGAAGAUCCAGGGGAAACUAAUCAGAGGCAUUGACUUUGGUUCUAGCUUGCGCGGUUGCAAGAGGGUUCCCGCGUCGUUGAUGACUCCUCGGUGGUGCUCGUAUAGUGCAAUUUUCGUUUCCUCAUCGGUUACCUUGUACAUGGCUGCGACAAAGGGUUCGAGUUUCUCUGCAUUCUUAGAACCUGCAGUAUCGAUACAUAGCUGUCGAAAUGCCGCCUUGAGAUUAUUGUACUCACGACGAAGCUCCUCCUGAACUUUGUAGUCUGAACCAACAGCAGGUUUCGACAUGGCAAAGCCAGUCCAAAGCUCAAAUUCAGUCUUGAGCGCAUGUUGGCUCAGUAGUCGGCGUACAGACGUAUCGUAUUGUGUCUUGAUUUUUCUUGCAGAUUUGAGUGUGUCUCGCUUGAGUUCAAACUUUUUGAUAAUCCGUUGGUCGAACGGACUGUCCCAGAUAGGGUCAAACUUGACUUGCUUACCUUUCACUUUGUCAAAUAUGACACCAAGAGCUUUCCUGGAGGUGUAGCUGUUCUUCUUCUCCAUAAAAUGGGGCCACUUCCGAGGUUGUUGAUCUCGUCUCAAUACCGCUGGGUCACCCGUCUUCGGAUAGUCCACUGCUUUGGAGUGCAGCUCUGCAAGUUCAAGACCUUAGAACAGGGUUAGCAGAACACAUUGAUAUAUGAGCACUACCACGACUCACAUUUUGGUGACAUUGGGCCAAGGUCGUCUGAAAAUGCUAGAUGAGAUGUCGCAAUGAGCGGCAGUUUAUCGUUCUUUAGGUACUUGACGAAGAAGUUCCUGAGAUCGUCGACCGUGACAUCACGAUCAAGCUCAAUGGGUUUGGGUGCUAAGUAAUUCAUAGGCGGAUAAUUCCAUCUUCUAGGAAUCAGAGUCGGCUCCCAUAUUACGAAGAAGUCAUCGCCGUCAAGGUCACCACCAGAAAGCAUAUUAGGAACAGGCUGAUCGCCAGUGGAUGGAAAUACAACGACAUCCCUCAGGUGAUGCAGGGCUGGACAGUCCACUGCUUCAACAACACGAAUGUCUCCCGGGUGCAGCGAAGGGUUGCGUCCAAUUAUGCAUACUCCGCUGAUGACCUGAGUCUUGUUAUAGUGUGUUGCGUCGCUCAGCUGAAUGAAGAUUUGCGGAAGUCUAUCGAUAGCUUUAUCUUCGGAGCCUUCGGGUUCGGAUGAGUGACCUCUGAGGGUGCCAGUUUCAUCGACGCAGCCAAGGAUGAAAGCACUUUUCUGCACCUGAAUCCUUGCUUUCUCCUUGAGUAGCUUUAAGGACCAAGAUCUCCAAAGUUUAAGUACGUUAACAACGAAGGGUUCCUGCAGAUCAUCUGUUUUGAAGCCAGCCCUGAGCAGGUCAGAGAUAUUGUUCUCGUCAACAAAUUUGGUCAACAUGUCUAUUGCAACAUCGUUGUCCUCCAUGGCCAGCUCAUACGACCGCAACUGGUGGUCAAGCAGGUUAGUGAAGGAAGCGAUGGGGACCCCAAGACAUUCGAGAAUGGUGAUUGUUUGUCUAUUGAGAGUUGCUGUUGCCAUUGCUGCACUGCGGAUAAUUUCGAGACCUUUGGAAUCUGACUCGAACUUCUUCUGGGAUUCGCGAAUAUGGACUUCCAUGACUUUGGUGUCGUUGGGCCAAAUGGCGAGAACCCCUUUACAGCCACCCAUACGAAACUGGAAGGCGGAGGGUCGCGCAAUAACAUCAAGAAUCAUGUCUUCGCUGAUAAGCUGCGCCAAGAACGACGAUAUCUUGCCGAUGCCGUCGGUGAAGCAGUAGCCGUUCCUCUCAAUAUCAGGUAUCUGUUGAGUUGCCGGCGCCGAAAUUGCAUGAAGCUCUCGUGUGGUAGAGAAGCAUUGGCCGAGGCGAGCAGCAUACUUCGCCACAACCUUUAUAUGGCUAAACUGACCCAUCCACCUGCGGAUAUCGUCGCAUGAUAGGUGUUCCGUGGGACAAAAGAAGUAAGCGCCGUUGACUCUGAGCUGCGAGUUGCCAAAGGCAAGGAAUUCGUAAAAACGAUCGCCGAUACGGACGCCUUUAUACAUUGAACGAAGCACUCUUUUGUAGAUCUCGUCAUUUUGGUCCUUGUUUACCGCAAUCUUCCCCUUUUCCAUCUCUUCGGUGAAUUGGAUUUUGAGGAAGCGAUCCUCAUAAUGCUUGUAGCGGCGCAUGACGCGGUUGGACAUCUCCACUGUAGGUGUUGUAUAGCGAAUGGUUGUUGGCGUGAUGACGGCUUUACGGAUGAGACAACAAUGAGAAGGAAUUCUUGACAUUAUUAUAGAGCCAUCAAUCUGAGACUCCUCUAAAAUAGCCAUUGGGUCGAUGACAACUUGAGCGUUA